GAUUUGAUUUAAUUAAAAAUUGARCUUUUUAAGUGAGUGCAAAUACGUUCGAUUGCCAAUCGGAGCAAAUUUCGCACCUGAAAAGUUGCGUUCACAGUCUGGCUGCAUACCCUGCCCUAGAUCAGCUUGAAGGAGCCGUGCACGGACCGUGGGAGCUAUCCUCCACAAAAUGCCCGGUGUUGUCUUCCUAAUCGUCGUGCCGACAGCGAACUUUGAGCGCGAGCUGAUUUACGGCACUUCAAAUAAUGUUUUAACUGAGCCUCAGAGUGGCCCGGCGGGCGGUGUGGCUGGCCCUGGCCCUGGCCGCCAUCCCAUGGCCAGUGGUAAUAAUAAUCUGAACAUCAAUCUUCCGGAAAAUAACAACGCAAUACUCCGACUCGAAGUUGAGUUACGUGACAAGAAUGUGCCCAAGUAUCGACGCGGCGGCGGCGUGGGCGGCAUGGCCGGCGCUGGGCGUGGCGCCAGUCCAGGACGCGGCGGGGCAGCAGCUGCUAAGAGGGUCGCGCCAGGUGGGCCAGGUGGUGGCGCUGCGAGUGGUACGCCCGCUGUGCCACUGGACAGACGUAAUUUAGUGGUGCCGCUCGAGAAGGUACUCGAGGAGCUGCUUGCGAAGCUCGAAAUUGAGCACGUCACUUGGACGACGAGCAAAAAAGGCUAUUUCCAUCACGUCGUUUUCCCGCUGCAGGCCGGCGAUGCCUGCGAGACGACGCUCCACUGUCUAACGGAGCUGGGCAUUGGCACCAAAUUGAAUUCCAGUGUCAGCGUCCUGCCGUGCAGCGUUAGCUACGAUGCCAUAACGGAUGCCUCCAACCUGCGCGAUGAUUACAGCGAUGAUGCCGAGGAUACCUCCAAGUGGAACAACUUUGUGGAAUCGAUAAAGUCCAAGCUGACCGUGAAACAGGUCGUGGAUGGCGUGCGAGCUGGUGGCUCCCUCUCCUUUGACUACUUGCUGCUAAUUGUAACCGCCGACUCUUUGGCCGCUCUGGGUCUGGUCGAGAAUAAUUCACCGAAUAUUGUUGCGGCCAUGUUGGUAUCCCCGCUUAUGGGUCCCGUUAUGUCAAUUACAUUUGGCGCAAUUAUCUCGGACAGAGAGCUAAUGCGCGUUGGCUUUAUUAGUUUAAGCCUGGGCAUGUUCAUCUCAUGUGUUUUUGGCUUCUGCUUUGGCCUGAUUCUGGGCACCACCGAAAUGCCUUGGGGCCAGAAUAUGGAUUGGCCCACCGAGGAGAUGCGCGGCAGGGGCAAUGUGCGCGCUUUGUGGAUGGGCGUGCUCUGGGCUCUAACAUCUGGCACUGGGGUGGCCGUCGCCCUGCUCCAGGGCUCUGCGGGGCCGCUGAUUGGCGUUGCCAUAUCAGCCUCAUUGCUGCCGCCCGUUGUUAACUGCGGUCUAUUCUGGUCGCAGGCCUGCAUCUGGCUCAUCUAUCCGGAGAAGCGCAUACCGCACUUGAAAAACGAGCCCAUGAACAGCACCAGCGCGUAUCCGUUCCUCUAUACGGACUACCUGCCCACCGAGUUCCUCAUCAAUGGCAUUGUGUCCGCCUGUUUGACGAUAGUGAAUGUGAUUUGCAUAUUUAUAACGGCCAUAAUAGUGCUGAAAAUCAAGGAAGUAUCGGCGCCAUACACAGCCAGCCCGGACCUGAAGCGCUUUUGGGAAACAGAUCUACGGACCGUGCGCAGGACGAACCGCUCAACGAUGCGCCAUCGACAGGGCACGCUGCGGGGCGCUGGCGGAGGAGCUGACAAGCUUAUGGGUCACAUCCUCAUCGGUAUCAUCUGUAUCGACAUCGUCAACCGCUGUCCCAUCAUCCCCCUCUGCCUCGUCUGGGUAAUUUGGAUCGAGUGGCGCCAGAUCUUCAACGCAGUCUGCAUGCUGCUCAUUGGCCGGAUCGUCGCAGUCAGUGCAGCCAGGUGGAUCGUUUACAUCAAUGCACGCCUCAGCAUUGCCCCGAGGCAACUAACUGAACGCUUGGCCAAGAUAGCCGGUCUAAAUAAGCGGCAUGUGGACGAUUCGCUGCACACGAACCCAAGCAGCUUGGCUGGCAGUCGCAUGAACUCCAUACGGAACUCGCAGCUGAAGGUGGAUCUGAAGGUGCUGGACAAGCUGGUGACCAAUCUACUGCAGCAGCAUGCGGCGGGCGCUGGGCGCGACGCCAGCUCCAGUGGAAACUUGGAGGCGGGCAGCCGCACGCCGCCCGCUCAGCGCUCGCCUUCCAAGAAGCUCAACCGCUGGCGGCCUCUGUCGCGGUCGGUGCACAGCUUCAAGCGCGGCGACAGCCGAGACUACGCUGGCGGCAACUUCACCCAGCUGCAGGAGCGCAGCGAGGCACAGGCGCCGCUGGCCCACAACAUGCCCACGAUUAUGGAGAGCAGCGCUGGCAGCCCAACGCCCACGUCCACGCCCAACAACAAUGCCCAGCCGCAGGCCCAGAACCCAUGGACGGCCUCGCUGGAGCGCACGCCGGGCGCCGUUCGCAAUAUGCUGCACAACAUCAACCAGGCGCGCAGCAGCGGCGUCCAGGAGGAUCAGCUCAAUCUGACACAGAACUAUGUGGGCUGACCGGGAAGAUGCAGAUGAAUAUACGGUCGA